AUUGGUACUAUUGUUUUUUAUUGUGUGACUGGUGAAUUAUAUACGGACUGGAUCUGGGCCGUGAGAUGGACGAGACGCAACCCCUGCUGGCAGACGUCCGCAUCCUCGACACCGAGCGCUGCGAUGAGGUUUCCCACAAGGACAUCGUCGACUUCAACGUCGACGGUGACGCCGAGAACCCCAUGGAAUGGCCGACGACAUACAAGUGGGGCAUAGUGCUCCUGCUCUCCUUCAUGGCAUUCACAGUAACUUUCACAUGCAUCUCUGUCGUGCCUAUAGCCAAUCAGAUCGUCUAUGAUUUAGAAGAUGGCCAUGUCAGCAAGUCAGCGAGCGUACUGCUGGUGACUAUUUGGGAGCUGGGUGAGGCCGCCGGCCCGUUGCUCAUCGCGCCGCUGUCCGAGGUUUUCGGGCGGUCUCCUGUCAUGAACGGCGCCAACGUUCUGUUCAUUCUCGCCACGGCGCUGGCCGCCAUGUCACAGAGUACGCCCAUUUUCAUCGGCGCCCGUGCGUUGACAGGCUUAUCCGUCGCCUCGAAUGUGCUGGGUCCGGCUAUCGUUGGCGACAUGUUCAUCUCUGAGCAGCGCGGGUCCGCCAUUAGCUGCAUUGCGCUGGCGCCGCUGAUAGGGGGUUCGCUCGGGCCGGCAAUUGGGGGCGCGAUUGCCGAAAAGCUGGGCUGGCGCUGGGUUCUGUGGCUCUCGGUGUGCUUGGCGCUUGUCUGCGAGCUCGUCUUCUUCACCUGCUUUAGAGAGACGUAUAAGGUAGCGGUUCUGCGGCGUCGGGCGGCGACGUUGCGGAAGGAAACGGGCAACCCGAAACUGAGGACCGUAUUCGACAUGGAAGAAGACCGAAAGUCAAGUCUCCACAAAAUCUGGGAAUGCGCCGUCCGUCCUGCUAUCGUCCUAUCGGGGUCGAGCGUCCUGCAGGUUUUGUCGCUUCACGGCGCCGUCUCAUUCAGUUAUUACUACGUGUUUUCAACAACAUUUCCAGCAAUCUUGCAAGACUUGUACGGUCUCACGCCCGCCGCGGCAGGGCUCGCAUUUCUAUGUUUUAGCAUUGGCUCGAUCAUUAGCUUAUUGUUCUUAAACUUUUUGCUCGACAAGAUAUAUGUUAAGCUAAGGGAUCAGCACAAGGGUGUCGGAGCACCCGAGUUCCGGCUUCCCAUCGGCAUCCUUGGGGCUUUUGGCCUUCCCUUGAGCGUGGUGGCGUAUGGCUGGGCGUCGCAAUUGCGAUUGCCUUUGCCACUGCUCCUAUUUGCAGUCGGGCUGGUAGGCACAACGUUGAUGCUUGUGAUUCUACCCCUAAAUGCGUACGUCGUUGAUGCCUUUGGCCUAUACGCUGCGUCGGGCAUGACUGCUAUUAUUGUUACCCGUUGUCUGAUGAGCACUGUUUUACCCCUGGCCACAGACCCGCUCGUUCAACGGUUCGGCUGGGGUUUAGGAGUGUCUGUCCUGGGAGGAAUCGGCAUCGUCUUGGUUCCCAUUCCCAUCUUAGUUUUCAAGUUCGGGUCUCGUUGGCGACAGUUAUCCAAGUACACAAAGGACGAAUAGAUAGCAAGCUUUUCUGUAGAUAUAAAUAGAAAUGAUAAUGUUUAUGGUAUCAAAUGCAUAUUUGGGAUCGCCUUCUUAUCACAUCUAUGGGGCUGCCCGCCUUACAUAUUGAUAAUAAUUAAGACUCCCGUUAAUUUGCUGGCCAUAUACGUCACUUGUGCUUCACUUGCUCAGUCAGCCGAUGUCAUGAGGUCCCUUAGAGAGAGGUUUCAUAUGCACUUGACGUUUCUACUGCUUGAAUGGUAAUUUUUGAUACAAUAUCUCAUUUUGGCCAUGCUAAGACGAGAGACUAUCAAAAUUGGAAUAGAUGUUUGCUUUGACGCACUCGGCUUUCACUUUAUUUUUCGUCAAAUUCUUUGCUGCACUCAAUUCGCGGCUACGGUAUCAAGCUCGGCUUCUGUCUUGGCUAUAUAGCUCCUAACUAUUAGAUGGUUCAAGAGAAGGGGAAAUUAGGAUGGGAAUGAAGAACAAGUCAUAGGUAGUCGAAUGGAUCUAAGAGGACGGAACUAAGCUUAGCCCCGCCCUACCUUAUUCAAAACAUGUCUCGCACUUCACUCGUCUGAUUCAACCAGCUCACGGCUACGCACGUGUUAUUU